AAAAAAACAGCAGUACACUACGCUUCUCUUCUGCGCAGACUCACGCACAGAGGAAGAGACAGGUCUCGCUUCCCACAGAGGAUUUAAAGUCUGUUUAUAAAGCUCUUAGGAGCUCAUCACCACCAGUAAAGCUGUAUAAGCACCGGGUUGACGGGACCGAAGGAAGUGGCGCGUCGUACGGGGAGCUGCCUGCUGACAUCGCCAUGAGUUACAAACCCAUUGCUCCUGCGCCUUCUGGCUCCAACCACACACCUCCAGGCUCCUCUGUGCCAUCUCCAUCUCUGCCCUCAUCAUCCAACUUUAGGCCGGCUUUCAGUGACUUUGGCCCACCCUCUAUGGGCUUUGUUCAGCCUGUCAAAGUGUCUCAAGGGUCCACCUACAGCGAGCUCCUGUCUGUCAUUGAGGAGAUGAGCCGUGAGAUCAGGCCUACAUACGCCGGAAGUAAGAGCGCUAUGGAGAGGUUAAAGAGAGGUAUAAUCCAUGCCCGUGCACUGGUCAGGGAGUGUCUCGCAGAGACGGAGAGAAGCGCCCGCACAUAACCUUUUGGAAAGCUCCCUUCACCUCUCACUGUUUCCCUGUAGAAGCCUGGCCUCAUUAAGUUGUUUGUUUUACAACCUUUUUAAAAAAAAAAAAAAAAAAUAAUCCUCCCACCUUUUCUCGCUGGCUUUUUAUAGGUGCAUUAUGUCCUUCUUGUCUCCUUCUCCCUGCAUUCCACCACACCCAUUUUAUUCAUUUCAAACAUUCUGUGACCUUUGGGGUUUAUGCAAAAUGUGGUUUUGUAACUAUUUUGAAAUACGAGUGUGGGAGGGAUUUCAACGCAUUUUAGUUGAGCUGUGGGUAAAAACCUUGGUUAAAUGGAUGGGAAUGUUUGUUCUAUAAUGACAACUGACCAAGAAAGUUUUUUUUUUUUUGGUUCCAACUGCACCUGUGCUUAAGUUUCUAUUCUGAACAUCACUCUGCAACCACUUGAUAUUUUUUUGUUAAUCUGAGCAACUUGAAUAUGCCCCAUUUCUUUUCAACCUUGCUCAGUUUAUCAUAUUUUGUAGUGUAAACACAAAAUAGAUGUUUCUCAAUCCCAAGAACUCUGUACAUCUCAAGUCAAUUUGUUAGUAUGGAAAUUUUGUAAACCAGAUUUUUGCAGUUCUGUAUGUAUAUCUUAAUUAAAUAACAGAAGAAAACAC